ACGGUACAUACGACUAUAAGAACUGCGAUGGCCAUCGACGGGCUCAUUAUCUUGGAUGAGACAUGUCGGCCAAUCGUCCAAACUGGGUUCCGCUCUCAAACUUCUGCAUAUGCCCUCCUGCACAUCGAUGCCAUCACCACUGCGCUGGCGAAAGCUGAACGCCCCGGGAACGUGGAUCCCAUUCUGUAUGUCUCGUCUACGGGAAUGGAUCCUGCCACCGCAUGCUGUCAUAUACAAGUGGGCGAUAUGAGGCUGGUUUCUCCUGUCAGUGGAGAUGUUGAUCCACUGUAUGCUCUCUCAUUCCUGCAAACAUUCGUGGAUAUCCUUGGGGACUAUUUCGGCACGGUGUCUGCUCCUGUGAUCCGUGAAAACUUCGAUAUAGUUUACCAGUUACUCGAAGAGACGCUCGACGCAGGUGGCCAUCCCUUGACCACCUCCACGAAUGCUCUACGAGACAUCGUCUUGCCUCCCACUCUACUGCAUAAAAUUCUCACCGUCGCGGGCGUGUCAGGGUUGGCAAAUCAAGCAAGCUUGACCACCCCGUUUUCCUCUCCGAUCCCGUGGAGGAAGGCCGGAGUGAGACAUAACAACAAUGAAAUCUAUUUUGACGUCUCCGAGGAACUCAAGGCAGUGGUGAACAAAAGCUCCACGGCUCUCGUCAGCAACGUCUGGGGCCGCAUUGAUAGCAACUCGAAGCUCUCUGGCACGCCUGAUCUUUUACUGAGUUUCGCCAAUGCCAAAGUCAUCGAUGACUGUUCCUUCCAUCCAUGCGUGAGGCUACAACGAUGGGCAAGGGACAAAUCGUUGUCUUUCGUCCCACCGGAUGGGCGCUUCACCCUCAUGCAGUAUCGCUAUGUUCCAACAACCUCGUCUGCUGCCAUCACUUCACCAGCCAUUGUUCCUGUGCCUUUCAACUUGAAGCCAGUUGUCAGAUUAGACGAUAGCGGAGGUACCUUGGAUGUAACACUGGCGUCCCGGCUCCCAGGGAAACCCAUUGAUAGAGUCUCAGUUGAACUGUACCUCGGGCAAGGUGCUACAGCUGCGAAUCUUGUGGCAUCGGGGGAUUCCUCUUGGGGUUUUGAUCCUAAGACAUUGACUUUGAAGUGGGAGACUAGCAACCUAACAUCUAGCGGCGUGACUCUUCGAGGAACGUUUUCUUCAUCAGCGAAAUACCCUCGACCAGCACGCGCAUUCCGAGUGAAGUUUGAGAUACUGCAACACAGUUUCUCGGCUCUACGGGUAGACCAGCUACGGUUAACGGGCGAGACUUACAAACCAUACAAAGGAGUUCGUGCAAGGUCAUCCGGAACUGUAGAAUGGAGAUGGUGA